AUGGAGACCGCUACACCUCUCCCUCACAGCUGGCUCGGCGCGUGGACUUCCUUGCCAGCACCUGCCAUGUGUGGCACAUCGCGCGCAAUGACGCAGGGCCCUUCAGCCAGCAGCUGGACGCGCAGAGGACCAGCUCUCCUUGAUGAACAUCGUUUUUGGCUACCACUCGGCGUAGGUGUUGGCUUAGCCGCUGCAAAGACGCGGUAUGCACCGCAGCCGAGAGUGGAACGUGAGUUGAUGGGACUCUCCAUGCUGAACAAGGAUCCAGACCUUGUGGGUGAAGACUUUGAACGGCGGAAAGCUGCAGCGAAGGCAUUGGCUGGAGAGGCGGACGAGUCGUGGGCCUUUUGGGAAGAGCAGAAGACCCCGACUCCUGGGCUGGGCAACAAGCCUCGGGACAAGGUUGCGGCAGAGCUGCCAUCUCCCUUGCCCAGCUUGGAACCACCGACGCCCUUGGAAGGCGAUGACACCUUGGACCAGGAGACCAGCUUCAAGAAGGCGUACGGAAGUGAUGCAACCAUCAUGGGCACCGAUGGUGAGCCAUUGGAGGUUCCGCGGCACUCGACCUUUCAAGAGGCGGUGGAGGAGUUCGGAUAUCCAGCCUUCUUGAAGGCGGCGCUGGCGAGACGGGGCUUCUACUACCUCACUCCGGUGCAGCAAUGCUCCUUGCCGCUCUUCCGAGGUGGACACGACUUCAUGGCCUCUGCCUUCACGGGCUCUGGGAAGACGUCAGCAUAUUUGCUGCCGAUCCUGAAGAGCCUGCACGAGGCAGCGCGGCUGGUACCAGGAAGUCAAGUGGCCAGCCACUACAAGACAAAGGAUGCGUUGCGAAGCGCAAAGCCGAGCAUUGCCACCGUGCGUGGUAUGAAGAAGGGCCAAGCGGCACUAGAGUUUGAAGAAGCUAGUGGCAAGGCACAUCGGCAGUUGGUGCCCGUGGAUUGGGUCGUCGGCGCGCCCGAACCACCGCCCCGCAGGCGAUGGCAGGGCCCUGCAUUGCCACAAGCUGUGGUCUUGGUGCCCACACGUGAGUUAUGUGAGCAGGUGAAUUUGGAGACCAAGGAGUUCCUCUUCUACUCAUCACUUCGGAGCGUGGCCCUCUUUGGCGACGCGCAGCUGCGGUCGCAGUUUCGUUAUUCCAUGUGCUUCGGAGGCUGCCUUUGGCAGAUGUGCUUUGCACUGAAUUGA